AUGCCUUUAUAGAAAUGUUCACAAUUUACUUAAACAUUGAUUUAACAAGAGAUCAAAUUUAAAUAAACCUAAUUUGAAUAAGAUUAAUUAAUAUCAAGUGAAAGCAAAAGAGAUUUUAUCAAAUAUGAUUUAAACGAAAGCAUAAUCCUAAAAGCCCUUAAUGGAGAAAUAGAAUCUCCUCAACAAGAACAUAAAUCUAUUGGAUUUAAUAAAGAUUAUAUGGAUAAAAGAAUUAUUGUAAAAAAACAACCAAAUAAUUUACCUACAACAGUUUUAUCUGAAUCUAAUGGUAAUUUAGAACCAUUAAAACUUGAGAAAAAUCCUAGUACCAAAUAUUCAGAAAUUGUCUCCAUUAUGAAUAACUUACCUUUUGGGAUAUUGUUUGUUGAUUAGUCCUUAAAGGUUUUAGAUUUUAACCAAAGAGUAACCUAAUUGUUAGGUUUAUCAAAUCCAAAUGAUAUUAUUUCAUUUCUAGAUUAAGCUAUUUAAAGGUAUUAAUUUUAUAUUAUAAAAGUGGAGACUUUUGUGAGUUUAGAUCAUCAAAAAAAGUUAGAAAACCUCAAAAAUCACCCAGUAAACUGACAUUUCUAAAAUAACCUUCAAUUAGUCCAUAAAAAAAAUACUUAGAUGAACACAUUCCUGAUGUAUUUUCAUAAUAUAACAACAAUGCAUCUUAAUUUAAAGGAGAUAGUGAUGCCAAUAUUGGAAAAAAUCUUAAAUCUAUAUUUUAGAAUUUUAAAAAAAUUCAUCAAAGUCAAUUAACAUCCUUGUCUCGAGAUAAUUUUCAAUAUAUAAUUAGAAUGGAUAAUAUGAAUACAUCUAGUGGUAAAGUUAAAUAUAAAAGUUUAAAACUUAAAAUAUUUUAAUUAGAAGGUUUUGUUUAAUGGGAAUCUGUGGUUUAUUUAUUCUUUUUGGAAAAUAUCACUAAGAGAGAAGAAUAUAAAUUACUUAAUCAUAAAUAUAAAUUUUAAUAGGCUUUACUAAACUCAUUAUGUCAUGAAUUAAGAACUCCUAUUAAUGGAACAGUAUCUUAAUUAUAUGCUUUGAAAGAUCAAUUAUCUUAAAGUUUAAUUGAAUCUCAUUUAGAUCCUGCUAUUGUAUCAGCUAAAAGAUUGUAAUUCCAACUAAAUGAUAUCUUAGAUUAUGCUUAAAUUUAAUGUUCAUCUUUAUUCUUGAAUAAAUCCUGUUUCAAAUUAUAAGAAGUUUAUUAAUAAUUAUAUGAACUCUUUAAUUUUGAAUGUGUAUAAAAAAAUAUCAAUCUAAUCAUUGAAAAUGUGAAUCAUAUCACAAUCUAUACAGACAAAGAAAGAUUGAUUAGAAUUUUUAUUAAUUUAUUAGAUAAUUCAGUUAAAUUUACAAAUAGAGGAGGUACUAUCAAAUUAAUUACAUAAACUACUCCUUAAUAUUAUAAAUUAUCAAUAGAAGAUGAUGGAUAAGGUAUUACAGAAGAAAUCAUUGAAAAAAUUGAGGAGUAAGCUGAAUUGUUGUUUCAAGAUUCACUUCAAUAUAAUUCUAAUAAACUUGGAUUAGGUUUAAGAAUUUCAUAAUAGUUGGCUAAAUAUCUAUAUAAAGAUUAGCUAUUUGAGAUAGAUUCUAUUUAUGAGAAAUAUACUAAAGUAAGUUUUAGAGUAUCAAAUCAAAUAUAGAAUUAUUCAAAUGAGUUUGAAAUAGAUAAACAUUAAUUUGCUUAGAUUUCAUAAUAAUGUGAUUGUAGCAAGAUAUUGAUAGUUGAUGAUAUAGGAUGCAAUCAUUUUGCCUUAUAAGUCUUACUUAAAAAGUUUAAGUUGAAAACUGACAGUGCUUAUAAUGGUAAUUCAGCAAUCGAUUUAGUCAAAGAAAGAUUAUCUUAAAAAUGUUGUAAGACUUAUAGAUUAAUCUUUAUGGAUAUAGAAAUGCCUGGUAAAAAUGGGUUUUAAGCAUCUUAAGAAGUAAGAAUUUUAAUAUUUAGAUAACUUAAUUACUGAAAGAGCGGAAUUUGAAUGAGAUUUCUAUAAUAACAAUGUAUUCAGCAUAUUCUGGAGAUGAAGAUGUACUUAUAGCCAGUCAAUGUGGUAUGAAAGAACGUAUUUCUAAACCAACUGAUAUCCAAAAAUUAGAAUAUCUUGUUAAUAAGUACCUACUUUGA